AUGUUUUUCAAGAAGGCUGAAUCACGAGAAGCAGGAAGGCACAUACAUCGGCUGCCAUGUCCAUUCAAUGACGGUGGUUCAGCUAAAGCUUCUGAGCAAAGCAGGCCUCUGCGUAAACAGUAUGAUUUUGAGGAGUUUAAGCGCCACUACGGAAAGACAAACGAUCUGACAGUCCUGCACAAUGUUGCGACAAAAAAUGGCGUCCCUGUCCACCUCAUUCUAGACCCAAAAUGUUUGGAAAAGUAUAAGAGGGGUAACAUGAGGGACAUAAAUCUCCACCCAGUACUGGAGUACCACUGUUGUGAGCAUGUUCUCUAUUGUCGGUUCACCUGUAACGACCACAAUUUCUUUGUGAAGGCCAAGCAAGGCUAUGGAACACCUGUUGGCGGCUCAUCAUGUCCGUUCAAUGAUGGCGGUCGUGGUAUUAGUGAUACCACAAUCUAACAAACAAAACACACAAUAACUUUAUAUUUUUAUCCCAUACCCAUUUUUAAAAUUAUUUUCACGUAAUUAUUAUUAUGGCCUGCCUAAAAUGGCCCAUUUUUAUAAUGCUAUACUCCUUUUUUUAUGUUAUUUUACUCUCUCAGACAAAGAGUACUCAGAAACUUCUCCAUAUUGUUGGGUAUGAUGAGUUUGACCCGGGAUAUUGCAAGACAAAUAACUUGACCCUAUUGAGAAAUUAUUAUCCACCUGGUCAAUGGCAAAGCAUUGAUCUUAUCCUAGAUCCCGAGUGCUUGGGUGUGUACAAUAGACAAAACAGCCUAAGCGGUAUUCGACUGCGGAAAGCGGGACCCUAUCAGGUCUGCGAGCAUGUUGUCUACUGUCCCUUCACUUGCCGACACAACCAUUACUUCAAGAAGGCUUCUCGCACUACUGACGAUCCUGGAACUCCCCUGUCUGGUCUUGCAUGUCCGUUUAAUGAUGGUGGCUUGGCCAUCCAAUUUGGUCAGCUAACUAUGAUGGCUAUUUUUCAGAUGUUACCCUUCGCUACCAAACUUGAGUGUGAAGACAAAAAAACUUGCUGUUGGACUGUAGACCCUAACUAGCAUUAUAGCAUAAUGAUAAUUAUUAUAUCCUGUACCAGCCGUCUAAGUAAAAUUAUCACAUUUACAACAGCAGAUUUGAUUAUGAUAUGCUGUAUAGCUAUAUAGUGUCGGGAGAAAUUUUUUUCGUUUCAAUCCCCACAAAGUGCAUUCCCCAAUUAUAAUUAUCUUACCACUUACAGAGCAACAGUACUAAGUGUGAGGGGUGUCAGAAGAGCUGUCCAUCAGUGAAGACUUACAACAACCGCUUCCAGUGCAGCGAAUCACACAGGCUGUGUUCCGACUGUAAGAACAAGCCAAAAUGUCCCGUCGACAAAUGGGCCAAUAGACGUUAGUAAAACACCCAUUUUUGUCAAUGUCUUAUUUACUCAUUCAUCCAAUUAUUCUUGCAUCUUUUCCUUUUUUGAAAUAUGAAAAGGUCACAAUGUCCACUCACCAUUCUUCAUCAUUCAUUUGGGUAACUCAGAUCCAUAA